CUGCUGGAACCGCAGCAGUGUCCACAUUAACCGUACAAACUGAUUUGGUAACAUCUGAGCGUGCCGGGAGCACUUCAGUUUCUGAAUCAACCACUCCAACUGAUUCAGAAAUAUCUGAGCCAGCUGUGACAACACCAGCAAUUGAACCAACCACUCCAACCAAUGAAGUAUCAUCAGAGCCUGCCAUGUCAACUGUGGUACCUGAAUCAACUGCUCACACUGAUUCGUUAACAUCACAGCCUACAGACACCACAUCACCAACUGAACUUACAAUUUCUACAGUUAAAAUAACGUCUGACCCACCAAGAACCACAUCAGUGUCUUCAUCAACUGUUCUGACUGAUUCAGUAACAUCUGAGCCUUCUGUGACAACACCAGCAAUUGAACCAACCACUCCAACCAACAAAGUAUCAUCACAGCCUGCCAAGACAACUGUGGUACCUGAAUCAACUGCUCACACUGAUUCGUUAACAUCAGAGCCUACAGACACCACAUCAUCACCUGAAAUCACAAGUUCUACAGUUAAAGUAACAUCUCACCCAGCUAGAACCACAUCAGUGUCUACAUCAACUGCUCUGACUGAUUCAGUAACAUCUGAGCCUUCUGUGACAACACCAGCAAUUGAACCAACCACUCCAACCAACAAAGUAUCAUCACAGCCAGCCAAGACAACUGUGGUACCUGAAUCAACUGCUCACACUGAUUCGUUAACAUCAGAGCCUACAGACACCACAUCAUCACCUGAAAUCACAAUUUCAACAGUUAAAGUAACGUCUGACCCACCCAGAACCACAUCAGUGUCUGUAUCAACUACUCAAACUGAUUCGAUAACAUAUGAGCCUUCUGUGACAACACCAGCAAUUGAACCAACCACUCCAACCAACAAAGUAUCAUCACAGCCAGCUGUGACAACUGUGGUACCUGAAUCAACUGUUCACACUGACUCAUUAACAUCACAGCCUACGGACACCACAUCAUUACCUGAAAUCACAAGUUCUGCAGUUAAAGUAACAUCUGACCAUGCCAUAACUACAAUCGUGUCUUCAUCAACUGUUCUUACCGAGUCAAUAACAUCUGAGCCUUCGGUGACAACACCAGCAAUUGAACCAACCACUCCAACCAACAAAGUAACAUCACAGCCAGCUGUGAACACUGUGGUACCUGAGUCAACUACUCACACUGACUCAUUAACAUCACAGCCUAUGGACAACACAUCAUUAUCUGAAAUCACAAGUUCUACAGUUAAAGUAACAUCUGACCAUGCCGGAACUACAACAGUUUCUGCAUCAACUUUUCUGACUGAGUCAGCAACAUCUGAGCCUGCUGGAACCGCAACAGUGUCCACAUUAACCGUACAAACUGAUUUGGUAACAUCUGAGCGUGCCGGUAGCACUUCAGUUUCUGAAUCAACCACUCCAACUGAUUCGGAAAUAUCUGAGCCUUCUGUGACAACUCCAGUAAUUGAACCAACCACUCCAACAAACAAAGUAUCAUCACAGCCAGCUGUGACAACUGUGGUACCUGAAUCAACUGCUCACACUGAUUCGUUAACAUCAAAGCCUACAGACACCACAUCACCAACUGAACUUACAAUUUCUACAGUUAAAAUAACGUCUGACGCACCCAGAUCCACAUCGGUGUCUCCAUCAACUGCUCUGACUGAUUCAGUAACAUCUGAGCCUUCUGUGACAACACCAGCAAUUGAACCGACCACUCCAACCAACAAAGUAUCAUCAGAGCCUUCCAAGACAACUGUGGUACCUGAAUCAACUGCUCACACUGAUUCGUUAACAUCAGAGCCUACGGACACCACAUCAUUACCUGAAAUCACAAUUUCAACAGUUAAAGUAACGUCUGACCCACCCAGAACCACAUCAGUGUCUGUAUCAACUACUCAAACUGAUUCGAUAACAUCUGAGCCUUCUGUGACAACACCAGCAAUUGAACCAACCACUCCAACCAACAAAGUAUCAUCCCUGCCAGCUGUGACAACUGUGGCACGUGAAUCAACUGCUCACACUGACUCAUUAACAUCACAGCCUACGGACACCACAUCAUUAUCUGAAAUCACAAGCUCUGCAGUUAAAGUAACAUCUGACCAUGCCAUAACUACAACAGUGUCUGCAUCAACUGUUCUGACUGAGUCAAUAACGUCUGAGCCUGCUGGAACCGCAGCAGUGUCCACAUUAACCGUACAAACUGAUUUGGUAACAUCUGAGCGUGCCGGGAGCACUUCAGUUUCUGAAUCAACCACUCCAACUGAUUCAGAAAUAUCUGAGCCAGCUGUGACAACACCAGCAAUUGAACCAACCACUCCAACCAAUGAAGUAUCAUCAGAGCCUGCCAUGUCAACUGUGGUACCUGAAUCAACUGCUCACACUGAUUCGUUAACAUCACAGCCUACAGACACCACAUCACCAACUGAAAUCACAAUUUCUACAGUUAAAAUAACGUCUGACCCACCAAGAACCACAUCAGUGUCUUCAUCAACUGUUCUGACUGAUUCAGUAACAUCUGAGCCUUCUGUGACAACACCAGCAAUUGAACCAACCACUCCAACCAACAAAGUAUCAUCACAGCCAGCCAAGACAACUGUGGUACCUGAAUCAACUGUUCACACUGACUCAUUAACAUCACAGCCUACGGACACCACAUCAUUACCUGAAAUCACAACUUCUACAGUUAAAAUAACGUCUUACCCAGCCAGAACCACGUCAGUGUCUGCUUCAACGGCUCUGACUUCCUCAGUAACGUCUGAGCUUCCUGGAACCGCAGUAUUUUCCACAUUAACCUUACCAACCGAUAUGGUAACAUCUGAGCUAGCCGGAAGCACUACAGUUUCUUCCAGAACCACAUCAGUGUUUGCAUCAACUGUUCUAACUGACUCAGUAACGUCUGAGCCUUCUCGUACUGCAGCAUUGUCUACAUCAACCGUACCAACUAAUUUGGUAACAUCUGAGCUUGUUGGUAGCACUCCAGUUUCUGAAUCAACCACUCCAAGUGAUUCGGAAACAUCUGAGUCUUCUGUGACAAUACCAGCAAUUGAACUAAGCAGUCCAACCAACAAAGUAACAUCUGCGCCUGCCAAGACAAAUGUGGUACCCGAGUCAACUGCUCAUACUCAAACAUUAACAUCCAAGCCAACAGACACUGCAUCACCAUCUGAACUUAUAAGUUCUACGAUUAAAGUAACGUCUAAGCCUGCGAGAACCGCAUCAGUGUCUGAAUCAACUGUUCUAACUGAUUCAGUAACAUCUGUACCUGAGAAGACACCCCCCUCACUACAACCGACUGGUCAGACUGACAAAGUAACAUCUGAGCCUGCUCUUACAUCCAUUGGACCUGACACUGAAACGGGUCAGAUUGACAUAUUAACCACACAACCUGCUGAGACACCUCUAUCUACAGGAUCCACAGAUAUAGUAACACCUGAGUCUGCCGGCACUACUUUCAUAUCCAGUGCAACUAGUCCCACUGAAUCAGUAACAUUGGAGCCGGUCAAUACCACAUCAGGGCAUGAACUAACCACUCCCACCGACAAAGUAACAUUUGCUGAGACCACGCUGACCCCGGAUCCAACAAACUCAACCUACACAGUAACAUCUGAAUCUGCUGAGACCAUAUCAUCAGCUGAAGCCACCCCUUCAACAGACCCACUAUCUACUCAUCCAACUGGAGCACCAUCCUCACAUCCAACAGAACCACCAAUGACAACAUCUACACUUACAGCAACUGACCUACUUCCUGGAUCACCCACUUUGCCAACUUCAAAGCCAGCUAUACUAUCAACAACACCCCCUGCCACACCAACAACUCAAACAACUACUAGACCAUUCACAACAGCAGAGCCAUAUCACUGCAAAAAUGGCGGAUAUUUCAAUGGAUUUAACUGCUCAUGUCUUACUGGAUUCAGUGGAACUUUUUGCCAAUUCGUUGUAACUCUUAAGCCAGCUAGAGUCAACAGGUCAGUCGUGGUUCAUUUGGUGAUCAAUCAGGAAUUUAAUGAAAAAUAUGAAGACACAACAUCAACUGAAUACAUAGAGUUUGUUGGAAACUUCACCGAUCAGAUGGAGAACUACUACAAGGGAAAGAAGAUAAUAAGCUUUAAAGAAGUGGUAGUAACUAAUGUCAGCAGUGGAGGCCCAUUGGUCAGAUUGUCAUAUAACACUGUGGGAGAGAUGAGAUUAUUAGAUGAAGCUACAGCUAUCUACAGUGUCACACUAAGAGCAGAAAGUGUUAGUGUCAUACAUGAUGUGAUUUUGGCGAUUCCAAACAAUGCCAGUUCUGAACAACUAUAUGUGGAUGACUUCAAAGCAGUUAAGGGGGCUGUUGACGAGCUUGUUGGCUGCACAGGAGAAUGUCCUUACAAUGUCACAGCUCCACCCAUAGUAGAUACAGCAGAGCUGGAUUUGGGAGCCGUAUGUGAAAGGGAGAUGGACAAUCUAGAUGUUGCUGAAUACCUCGAACCUGUGCUUACUGAUGGAGGUAUCAAAUGUGUGACUAUAUGUGACAGUCUACAUUCACAAACUAGAACAUGCUACAAUAACGGAAUCUGCAGAGUGUACAGUGACGUUGGACCUCUUUGCGAGUGUCAAAAUGUGAAUUCCACUUGGUACUUGGACAAUGACUGUAGAUUCCCUAUACAGAGGACUGCUUUCUACGCAGGGUUAAGUGUGACCCUUGCUUGUCUGUUGCUGACUGUGGGAGUUUUGACUACAUACGUGCUGAUCAACAAACAAAAGCAAAGACAGAGAAGAAACAUUAAAGAGAAACUGGUGAACCAGUGGCUGAAUGAGGACUUUGAGUGGUCCAGAUCCAACAGCCCAAGUGACACAUAUUAUAUUGGAGAUUACAGUAACCCUUCAUUCACAAAUGAAGAAUCAGCCAGCCACAGAGAGGAUCCAGGUGAUUACAGACAACCUGUACCUGUCUACCAGCUGACUCGCCCAUCAUCGCAUACUGACGACAGAGAGUCCAGCUCAUCAUCGAGCAUGAACCCCCCUUCGCAAACAGUACAAAGACACAAUAUUCCAUUUUUUAAUGGUAGUCUGACCAUACCCAAGAGAGACUUCUCAUCCAACUUGCCGAUUAGGAUCAGCAGGCCUCAAAUCAGGACAUCCUGGGACGCCUCAGCAGUGCACUGACACUGACUGGAUCUCGACUGUUUUUUCUGCCUUUUACAGCAUUCAUAUCAGCUGCAUUUUAGAUGUUUAUAUUAUUGCUUGAUUUAUUUAUUGAUUUGUUAAACUCACAGUAAGCCAUAAUAUAUACUCAAUAUUUAUGGUUCUAUUGAACAGCCUUGUCAUUAAUGGUACCUUUAUAGGACCUUGACUGAGUGUUUCUCUGACUUCUCCAUAGUUCAGUAGGUAAUGAAUCAUUAUUAAAGUGAAUUGAAUCACUGGGACAGUAACAAGUCAGUGACCUACUGCUGAUGAUGAUGUCUCAUCAAAAACACACAUUACCAAUGUAAAAUGACAUCAAAAAACUGUACACACCACUAUCGGUAUGUAAUUGUAACAACAUCUUUGCCUUUGACUGAGGCAGAGCAGAGAAGUUUUGACACUGGGAGAACACUGGUAAUUUAAUAAUUUCACUACCUACUAAACUAAGGACUGGUUUUGUUUGAAAUAUGAAUGUUUACUGGGCAAACAAGCACCUUUAUGCCUGAAAUUUCUGCCAGAUUUCAGUUUGUUGAGUAAGUACAGAUGUUUGUCACUCUGUCAGCCAAUGAUGAUAAAAAUGUGAGGCAGACAGAGAUUUGAGGCAGAAGUUGAGUGCAGAAUGGGAUACAGAGGAUUGCAUACAUUGUGAUUUUGCACUGACAGUAGUUUUGGCGUUGAUGGUUUGGAUGUAUUUUAUGUAAAUGAAAAAAGUUCCAGUUGUCAAAAAAAAAAUGUCUUACUCAGAGUUAGUUAUUCAAGCUAAAUUUAUUGUUUUAUAUAUUUACUGAUUUAUUUAACAGGGAUAAUGUACAUUAAUAAACAUAGUUUUCUCCAUUUUAGACUUAGUCAAUGGCGGGUGUCAUAGUUUUUCAGUUCUGGACUCUGUCGGAGUACCUAGCAAUUUAUCCCCAUGAGCAAAUCCACUGAUCUUUGCAAUUCUACUGAAUACCAAAUUAAUUAUCUUAAAGUUUAGCUCUUUUAAAAAAAAAAAUGCACCCAGUCUAAUAAUCAUGCUUGCACUGCCAACUAGCAGUGACAACAAUCUUUUUCCACACACUGUGCACCACUGAUAUAGCUCUACAGUACCAGUCUUCAUCCCAGCUCGGUGUGGUCAGAAAUACAACAGACCACACCUGUGGUGAGCUGCUUUUUAAAUG